AUGGACAAACUAUCAUUUACACCGGAAUUAUGGACAAAAAUAUUCAUUGUGAUCAAUAGUUUAUUUGUAGUAUUUAGUUUUAUUAUGUUUGCCUUAGGUAUUAGUGCCUUAGGUGCAUUACUUAAAUUUGGUACAAUAUUACAAUUAGCACCACCAGCAAUAUAUGGAACGGUUAUAUUUACUGGGUUACUUGGUAUGAUAGCUGCAGCUGUUGGAUUUUUUGGUUUAUGGAAAAAAAUGAAAAUUAUCGCCUUUGUGCAUAUGAUUAGUUUAGGUAUAGCAACAUUGAUGAAUAUAUGUAUCGGUAUUGCAGCAGCAGCAACUCAAGAUAAAUAUAAAACAGAUGCUCAACAAUCAUUACUCAGUUCUAUUUCAAGUUAUAAUCAAAGUCAAUAUUCAUCGGAAUUCGAUAAGUUACAUACUACUUUCUAUUGUUGUGGAGCUAAUUCAUACAAAGAUUUUAAAACGUAUAACAUGAAGAUACCACCGUCUUGUAGAGUUGGUGAAUUGACCUAUGCAACAGGUUGUAUUGAAGAAGUAACUGGCUUUGCACAAAGUUAUUCAACUAUAUUAAUAGCGUUAUGUUUUAUCACAGCUAUUCUUCAAGGUGCCUAUUUGGGUAUUUCAAUUUGGAUGAUUCGUAAAUCGGAUGAUGGAGUAGCUUUCGCUGCAUAA